AUGAGAGACUACUGGCAACUCUCCGGCCCAUUUGGCCUCGCAGUCCGUGCCGCCGUCCGGAUCUUCCAAUUCGUCUUCGCCAUCGUCACAAUCGGUCUCUACGCCGCCUCCCUUGCUUCCUGGGACUCUUCGAAAACAAACCUCAAAAAGACAAACUGGAUCUUCGCCCUCGUACCUGCCGUAAUUUCAGCGCUAACAUGCGCCUACCACGUCUUCGCGACCGUAACCCACGCCGCCUGGUCUGUCUGGGACUUCUGCCUCGCCGUGCUCUGGGCGGCGCUCUGCGGCGUAUCCUCAGCUCUUAUUGUGGGCGGGGAAGACGGCGAUAAUGUGACUGGAGGUUUGAGAACAAGACUCGCAGCAGGAGCGUGGAUUGCGGGUGUCAGCAUGAUCCUUUGGCUCCUUAGCGCUGUCCACGGGUGUGCGUAUUGCUGCGCUUCAAGACGGACGACGAGGACGACGAAGCAAGAAGAGGAUAAGGUUGACUUGGAGCUUCCUGAUAGACAGCAACAGAACGUCUAG